UCACCGUUGCGACGAAUAUUUUCUCCUAAUCUUGACGAGUCCGCCGCAAGUCCAAAGUCUCACGUCAGCAUCCAAACAACAAAUUGUGGCGCCGCCCCAGCAACCAACCCAAAAUGCACCUCCAUGUCUUUCGUCCGAAUCCCCCCGCAGACUAAAAAAAAAAAAGACGCCAUAUGUUUCUCCGCUCGUCGGCCGUCUUUCUCGUCCCCGAGGUGACAACAUAAACAACGGCAACAUUGGUUCUGCUUCCAUUCCUCACCCUCUUCUCCCUGUCUCUACUCUUCAAAUAAAAACAGCAUCUUCUCUUCUUCUUCUUCGUCUUCUUUUCUUGAAGAUGGAUGCAAGAACAGCAUGGAGAUGAUGCUGUUAAGGCGGAGGAGUAGUGCAGUGAUGCAGGCGGUGGAGGUGUGCUGCCCCGUCCUCGCCAUCGCGUCCGUCUCCUUGUUCUUCGUCCUCUGCUUCCGCGACAGAACGGUGGUCGUCAACCGGACGGUGGUGGGCGGCGGCGGGUGGAGGAAUUUGGGAUUGAAGGUGGAGGAGAAAGGAAGAAGAUUUCACGAGGAGUGUGAUUUGUUUGAUGGGCAGUGGGUAUGGGACGAGAGCUAUCCGCUGUAUGAGUCGAAGGAUUGCCCGUUCUUGGAUGAGGGAUUCCGGUGCUCGGAGAAUGGGAGGCCGGAUAACUCCUAUACCAAGUGGCGGUGGCAGCCGAAGCAUUGCAAUUUACCCAGAUUUGAUGCCAAGAAGAUGCUUGAGAAACUACAAAACCGACGGUUGGUAUUUGCGGGUGACUCCAUAGGAAGAAACCAAUGGGAGUCUCUUCUGUGCAUGCUCUCUUCAGCCGUCUCUGACAAGGGUUCUAUCUAUGAAGUGAAUGGCAACCCUAUUACCAAGCAUAAGGGCUUCCUAGUGUUUAAGUUCAGGGACUACAAUUGCACUGUGGAAUAUUACAGAGCUCCAUAUCUGGUGCUCCAUAGUCAAGCCCCAGCUGGAAUGCCAGCAAAAGUGAAGUCAACACUUAAACUGGAUGUUAUGGAUUUGAAGUCAUCCCGAUGGAGGGAUGCUGAUGUACUGGUAUUCAACAGUGGCCACUGGUGGAACUAUGAAAAGACCAUAAAAGGUGGACAUUAUUUUCAAGAAGGGAAGGAGGUGAAGAUGAAGAUGAGUGUGGAAAGUGCUUAUCAAAGAUCAAUCAGGACAUUGUUUGACUGGAUCAAUCGAGAAGUUAAUAUGAGUAAGACUCAGGUCAUCUUUCGUACGUAUUCCCCAGUGCAUUUCAGCAGUGGGGAUUGGAAGAGCAGAGGAAACUGUCAGUCGGAGACAUCUCCUGAAUUCAACUCUUCACUGUUCUCACUGAAAACACAUACCCAUCUGUUAGACCUAUUCAUGAAUGUAUCCAUGGAGUAUUCUAGUCAAGCUAUGAUGCCAGAGUUGGAUUUGCUGAAUGUGACCCUGAUGACAGCACAAAGGAAGGAUGGUCAUCAGUCCCUAUACCACCUUGGUCCCACAGCCCACCCCCAACUUCCCAAGCAUGAUUGCAGCCACUGGUGCUUACCCGGUGUUCCAGAUACAUGGAAUGAACUCUUCUAUGCCUUCUUCCUUAGAUGGGAAUCCAAGGUCCAACAAAAUUUACUUGUUUCAGGCAGCAAUGGAAUGAAGCUUGAUCGGUGAAGUGGUUUGACGGCUACUCGAAUCAACUUGCAUCUGGUUCCGUGAUGCAUCUUGUUGUCUCAUGGAAUACUUUCAAAAGUUGUUUUUUGAGGACAUUCUCUUCAGAGUUGUUGGAAUGAUGGAAGUCUUUCCAACAGGUUUUUUCAUGUACAAGAAGACGCGGCUUAGAUAGGCUUGGCGUCAUGUGCUAUGAACUGUUUCAGAAUAGAGAAAUGGUUGGCAACUUGGCAUGCCUGUGUAUAUACCCAAUUGGAACUGGCAAUUUCCAAGAAUAAGGAAGCAAUGUCAAACUAUAGAGAAAGUGUACAUAAUUCAAUUUUCAGAUUCUUGUGGUCUCAUUCUAUUCUCUAAUUUAAAAGAUAAUAAUAAUGUUAUGUUGUUUA